AAUUUAUACUUUUCUAAGAAAACAAUUUAUGAUCAAAUUUUGUAAAUGCAAAUAUAUGAAUUCGGAAAUAUCAAAAAAUCUAAAUAUGAUUGCUUUUUUAUUUUGCUUUGAUAAGAAAGCGAAUCCGUCUGCAUUUUCGGUAACCUCCUACAAAAAAUCAACUCUCAGCGAUUCCUACGCAAAUUACAACAGCAAACAUUUCACUUUAUAAAAAUCAAAAUGAUUUAACAUUAAUAAACAAAAACAAAAUUAAAAUAUAACUGAUAAUCUAAAUUGCGAGCGGUCAACAAUAAGAAGAGGCAAAGAAAAAAACAAAAACAAUUUCCCACAGCCUAACAAAUGAAGUAAUGACAAUAAUAGCAAAUAAACAUUAAACAACAACAACAACAAUCCGAAUGUUCGCACGCACAAUCACAGCUCGACGUUGACAAACAGCCAGCCAUUAAAGUAGCAACAACAACAAAUUGUGUACCCUGCAAGUGAAAACCGCCAAGUGCAUGAGCACUUAAAAAACCCUGUGAAACGCAUGCGUAACCGUACUGGGUUGUUAUGUUGCCAGCCGCCGUGAGGGUUAGUUCCAAACAACAAUAAAAAACGGAAAGACAAGAAAACACCACCUUAUCAGAAGUUUGAAAAAAAGGGAAGAUUUCCAAAAUAUUUUUAAAAAAGUUCGUGAGUGCACAAAACGAGCGAGUUUGCAAAACAACCACAAAGUACUAGAAAAUCUUCGAAGGGCUUACAAACGCAGACUCCAAUUAAGGCUAUCCAGCUUGCAUCUGCAGCGCCUGUCUAGCUAAUAGGAGUACGCAUCUUGUGCAACAACAACAGCAGUUAUUUGGAUUGAAAGAAAAAGACAAAGCCUUCAUAUCGGGCAUAUCCGGUUUGUGUCUCAUUUACAAAACAUAAAAAAGCCUACAGUACCGCCAUGUCGAAACGUAUCACAUUUUCGUCAGUCGCACUGUGGUUAUGGCAGCUCCAUCUGAUGCUUCUCCUACUGCUUUGCCCGCAACUCGCGCUUUCAUCGGCAUCACAACCCCCCUCGCUGGGUGCGCACAUCGUGCGCUCCCCCGAAUCAGCAGUAGCGCCCAAAGGCGAUGAAGUGGUCUUUGAGUGUGAAUUAAAUUUGGCGCCGGAGCGUUUGGAAUGGCGUUUUCGUCACUCGAGCGCUCGCACUACCGACGCCAUGAACUACAAUUAUCUGCAUGCUGAGGAAGGUCACAACAUCAUCAACGACGAUCUCACUUCGCGUCUGCGCGUUUUUGUCUCUCCCGAGACUUUGGGCGACUAUCAGUGUGUUGCCUGGUUUGGUUCCGCUGCAAUCGCUUCGACGCCCGCGCGCCUGACACUCGUUUCCAUCAGCAUCGACAAUUCGAACGGCUAUAGUCGCAAUGCAAUACGUUGGAGCGUUGCGCCAAAGAAUUGUGUAAUAUUACGUUGCGGCACGGUCAGUUCGAACCCACCCGCUGUGUGGAGCUUCUUCCGCAACGGCGAGAAAGUGCCGCAGACCGAAGUGCUGCCUUCUGCAAAUGGCGCGCUCAUACUGCUGUCGGUGUCCUCGAAGGAUUCCGGUAAUUAUACCUGCUCGGCGAUGAAUGCCAUCACAGGUGUUGAAGUAAGGCUGCCGCCACACAUUGAUUUGCGUGUCGACUACACCGAUCGCACGCCGCCCUACUUUCUCAUCCAACCGCCGGCGCAGGUAACCGCGCGUCCAGGCGAAACAGCACUGUUAGAAUGCCCAGGUGUGGGCUCACCACCGCCAGAAGCUGUCUGGAGUAGUCCGAAUGUAAUUAAUAUCUACAAUAAUCGCACAAAGGUGCUGCCAUACGGCCUCCAGAUCUCCGAUGUUCUGCCCGAGGAUCAGGGUUCCUAUGUGUGCCGCCUAGAUAAUGGUAUUGCGCCUGCGCUGGUGCAAAUUAUAAAAUUUAUUGUUCUGGAAGUGCCACAAAUCCUGCGCGGUCCAGCCACAACGCUCACAAACGAAGGCGAACAGCUCGAGUUGGAAUGUUCGGCAGCGGGCAAUCCCUUCCCACAGAUCUAUUGGCUGAUCAAUGGUGAAGACACUUCGCUGGACAACGAGACGUUCCACGAAGACCGUCGAUUGGUUAUACGACACGUGCAGAAGCGGCACGCGGGCAUUGUACAGUGCUUUGCGAAAAAUGAAGUGGGCGAGGCAAGCGAAGGCAGCUUGCUGCAAGUCAACCCAAAACAGAUACAAGGCGAGGGCUCAGCUCCUUUGGGAAACGUGCCAAUUCGCACGCCUUACGAGCAUACCGGCAGCAAGAACAAAGGCAAACGGAAGCACAUGAAAAUGCCCAACAUGAUUCCGCCUUCGCGUCCGAAUGUGACCCGCUUGGCUGACGACUCGGUCAUGCUGCGCUGGUAUGUGCCUAAGAACGAGGGUCUGCCCAUACAGUUCUUCAAAGUGCAGUACCGCAUGCUCGGGGACUCGAGCCGCAAGAUACCCCGCGAAAACUGGCAGACCACCAACGAAGACAUCCCCUACGGUAAGCGCGAUCGCAACUUUGAAGGCGUGAAGAACUUUACGUCAUCGGUGACAGGUUUGAAACCGGAUCGUUUCUAUCGGUUUCGCAUCAUUGCGGUCUACUCGAACAAUGACAACAAAGAGGGUAACACCUCAGCGAAAUUCUUUUUGCAAAGUGGUGAGGCUUUGGGCCCCACAAAGGCUACACUACCCGCACCAGAGCUGGCGCGAGUGGAGCCGCUCUCUGAAACUGCGGUAAUACUAUACUGGACGCUGCCGGCAAAUCCCGUUAAUGUGCCGGAUGGCUUCUACGCCUACUAUCGACUCGCCUCUUCGGCGGGCGAAUACCUGAAAGCGACAGUGGAUGGCCAACAUUCACGUAAAUUCAAGAUCGACAUGCUGGAACCGAGCACCGCAUACGAGUUUAAGCUACAGUCCUUCAAUGCGUUAGCUGCGUCCGAGUUUAGCGCCAUACUGCAGGGCAAAACGAAGAAACCAGUCCAAACAGACGUCGCCGUGACACCAGCGGCUAUUCCACCACCGAAAGCCAAGGAAUCGAACAUAGCCACGUAUCCAAUAGUGGCGGGCGUUGCCGGGUUCGGCAUUCUACUCAUAGUGGCCAUCAUAGCGGCAUUUUUAUGCAUUAAACGCCGAAAGCCCGUGCAGUCAGAAGAUGAAAACAAACCGCAACUUGAUCACAUACAGGCCGAUUUCGUGACGCCCUCAGUGUUGGGCGUGGCGACGCAUCACAAAUCGGGGCACCGCCUAAAUGGCGUCAUUCCGCGCAUGAACAUCACACCCAAUCCGCUGGCUCAAGAAGCCGACAAGGCACACCUCGGAUCACAUCAAGGUCUACACCACGCGCAGCCAUACCAUCCACCGCCACCCGGCACACCAACACUAAUGCACAAGCGCGUCGAUUAUAUGCCACAUCAUCAUCAUGUCGGCGCUGUGGGCCAACAUCCACCACCGGUGCCGCCACAUCAGAAUAACAAUCACAGCGGCCACCACAACGCACAUCAUCUCUACCAGCAACAACAGCAGCACGCACAUUCGCAAUCGCCACAGACGCCAUCACUUGAGCAACAGCGUCGGACGCUGGAGCGCAGCGCGCGCAAUCUGCACUACACAGCGACCGCGAUGCCGGCGAAUGUGACGCAGCCGCACGAUGGCGCCAUGAACAUCGACGGUUUGCCGACGCGCAUACCAUCGCUGCGCCGUACGCGACGCGCCUCCGGCAGUGCUAACAACAAUAAUGGCGGUGUGGGCAUACCAAUCGUGCCGGGCAGCCCGCGAGUGCAGCGUUCACCGAUGCCGGCGCGCGCCAUGAUGAAACGCGGCCGGUUGGGCAGCCACAACGACAACAUGUCCUCUGGCAGCUUGAACAGUAUUGAGGUGUGAACGGUAAGCGUGGAAUAGCCGAUGGGCUAACGGAGGGGAGGGAGGGGAGAAGGAGAGGGAUGUGAAUGAUGUGUUAAGGGGUAGAGGGUGGCAAGAGUUUAGGAUAAGUAGUAUUAAGAGCUGAGGUAGCCUAAAAGUAGGCAACAUAGAGGCGAGACAUAGUUUUAGGAAGUACAAAAAUGCUUCAGUAGGUGUUUUUAGAAGUUUCUCGAAUAAGAGAACUUAGGUUAAGGAAACUCAAUUGAUGAACUGACUGUGAAAAGUUUUUGAAAGAAAAUCCUGGACAUGCGGAAGGACAGACAAAGGAAAGCAAGCGGUUUUCAUAGAUAAGAAUUUGUGGCAACAAAUUUUUGUGGUAAAAUCAUCAGUGUUCGCGGCAUGGCUCAAAAAGCUGUUCAUAUUCGCUGAGCUCUACAAAAUCCUGAAGAGGACUGUAAAAAAUUGGUAUUUAAAACUUUUGGAAUUAUUAGCGAAAAAUGGAAAUUUGCUGAAAACAGGAUUUCGAAAAGACGAAAAAUUUAGUAUUGAAAUUGCGUUUGAGCGGAAUUGUAAAUAUAUAAAAUUAAGCAUUUUUAGUAUUUUACUAAACUAUAGAAAAAAUGUAAUAUUAGUCAAUAGCUUUAGAAAGUAAAUAAUGUUUCGAAUAUGUAACUCGAAUGUUAAAAACUAAAAAAACGGAGAUUUAAUGAAUAUUAUUGCAUACUUUCAGGCAGGGUGCUGUUUUUAGUGCCUUGUUUUGUAAAAUGUGAACGGCAACGCUGUUUCCAAAUCCAUAAAGACUUAACUGAAUUAAAUUACGUAAUGACAAUCUUAGUUGUAGUUCUCAACCCAAAAUGACAAUCAAUUUACCAGCUAGCAAAGUAUGUGCAUAUGUAGGUAUGCGAGUAAUUCAACCACUUAGUUUAUCGUUAAAACCGUCCUAGAGCAGGAAUAAUCAAAACACAAAAAAAAAAAUUUAAUUGUUGGUACAUACUAAAGACUAGUGGGCGAUAAACGCUUUCGAAAUACUGAGCCAAUCUAAAAAUUUAGCAAGAGUAAAAUUGUUUUUUUAACUCCUAGUUACAGUACAAGUGCCUAGUUUUUGCAUUUUUUAAUGCUAAAUAUUUUAUAUAUUUUUCUAAUUAAUUAAAAUAUAACUUUUGUGCUUCCUACAGUUUUUGACUGCACUGUUUACUAUUAUGUUUUAGAGCUUAAGUUUUUGAAAUGUAUUUAAUUUAUUAAAAAAUAAUCUUAAUUUGAUUAAUAUUUUGUUUAAUAUUUUCGAAUCGAGCUGAAAAGAUUUAAAUUUGUUUCUUCCUGUGGCGAGUAAUACUCCGCCAGUCAAAAUAAGUUUUAAAAUAUUUUUGUGUUUUUAAAAGAAAUUUACUUUUAUGUAUACAUUUCUUAAUAACAAAUUAAUAUUCUGUAAUAUUUACUUUCCGCAAAAUGUACGUUAUAUUUUUAUUAUUUAUAAUAAUGCAUAGCUAAUAAAAAAAUAAACUCGAUAAACUUCAAUAAAUACAAUAGUUAAAUAAAGAAAAAACAAACUG